UCAUUUUCGACCACCACAACCAUCUAUCUCUAUCAUCAUCAUCCUUUUCUUCAACCUCCUCCUUCAUCAAUGGGAGAAAAAAAGCCGCAACAGCAACAAAAGGAGAGAGAAAAAUCCAGUAAGCAGAAAUACAAACACUCAAAUACUCCAUCUGCAGCACCAGCAGCAAAAUCCACUUCAGAUUUCACAUUUAAGCAGAUCUCCGAUGUGAAAGGCCUCCGAUUCGGAGGCCAAUUCAUCGUAAAAUCCUUCACCAUACGCCGCGCUAAGCCAUUAGAGCUCCUGCGUCUGCUCUCCCUUCACCCCGUUAAUCAUCCAUCUGCACCUAACACUACAAAGAUAUUUCCAGCAUUUCCAUCUACCACAGCUUAUUUACCAACCAACUUCACAAUCCUAGCCCACCAAGCUUGGCAUACGCUGACGUUAGGUCUGGGUACGAAGAAAUCGAAGGUGGUGCUGUUCGUUUUCGAAUCAGAGACGAUGAAAACAGAAGUGGAUAUGAAAUGGCCAGUUGAAAUACCGUUAGGUGAAGUGAAUAAGAAGAUGAUAAGAGGACUACAAGGUACUGAAAUGGCAAGAUUUAAGUUUAGAAAAGGGUGCAUAACAUUUUAUGUUUAUGCUGUUAGGAAAAUUGGUGAUUUAGGGUUUGGUUGUGUUGAAGAUCUGAAAUUGAUUUUGGAAUCAGUUGUUGCAUUGAAAGAUUUUUUUGAUCAUACUGCUAUGUUAGCUAUGCCUAAUCAGAGAAGUAUUAAUUAUACUAAUGGUGAAUUUCAACAUACGGGGAUCGCUCAUUAGUAUGUAUAUUAAGAGUUUUGUUGAUUGGACUCUUUGAAAAUGUUAUUGUACAUGUGUUGGAUUAUUCUUCGGAAAAAGCUGAUGGAGAAGAGUUGCUCGGAUGGUAAGCGUACUCCGCCUUCCUUCUACCUUUAAACUGUUGAGGUUGUGGGUUCGAGUCACCUUCAAUUGCUUAGGUCAUGGGUUCGAGUCAUCUUCAACUGUUAAGGUCCGUGGUUUCGAGUCGCCUUCAACUGUUGAAAGGUCGUGGGUUCAAGUCGCCUUCAACUGUUAAAAGGUCGUGGGUUUGAGUCGCCUUCAACUGUUAAAAGGUCGUGGGUUCGAGUCAUCCUCAAUAGCUAAGAUUGUCAGUUCAAGUCACAUUCGACUGUUAAGGUAGUGUGUUUGAGUCACAUUCAAUGGUUAAGGUUGUGAGUUUGAGUCAUCGACAGAGUAAAAACAUAGUUUCUAGCUAAAAAUGAAGUUCUUCGCAAGAUUAUUUUUGAAGAAGUCGACACGUUGAUAAUUUUGAAGAGUUUGAGCGCCAUAUAAUUUGUCGGUCAUCAUUUUUCGAAGAUUUUUAUUUUUGAUUAUUAAAUACAUUGUCAGUGUAAAAGAUUUUUUUAUAUAUAUAUAUAGAUAAGUUCAUAUAUGCAUUGUAAUUGAUGAUUUACUAUCAUAUUUUGCAAGAUUUCUGAGUUUA